GUCCAGCAGGCAGAGACACGAAGCCCCAGCCGGCCGUGACGACGACCCUUCAGGGCCUCUGUUUUCUGUUACAAUGGAUCGCGAUUUAGAACAGGCUCUGGAUCGCGCAGAGAAUAUCAUUGAAAGUGCCCAACAGAGACCUCCUAGCAGGAGAUACUCACCUAGGGCGGGAAAAACUCUACAGGAAAAACUUUAUGACAUUUAUGUUGAGGAAUGUGGAAAAGAGCCUGAGGAUGUUCAGGAAUUGAGAAGCAAUGUAAAUUUGUUAGAAAAGCUUGUUAGGAGAGAUUCCUUGCCGUGUUUAGUGGUCAAUCUAUACCCAGGCAAGCAGGGGUAUUCUGUGAUGCUCCAGAGAAAAGACGGGUCCUUUGCAGAGACCAUUCGACUGCCUUAUGAUGAAACGGCAUUGCUCAACUAUUUGGAUGCAGAAGAAUUACCCCCUGCUUUGGCUGAUGUCCUGGAUAAAGCUUCAGUUAACAUUUUUCAUAGUGGAUGUGUCAUAGUAGAAGUCCGUGACUACAGGCAGUCCAGUAAUAUGCAACCCCCUGGUUACCAAAGUAGGCAUAUUCUCCUACGCCCAACGAUGCAGACUUUGGCCCAUGAUGUGAAGUCAAUGACAGGAGAUAGCCGGAAAUGGAGCCAGGAGGACAAACUUGAGCUUGAGAGACAACUGACCUUAGUGACAGCUGAACCACUGUGUCUUGAUCCUUCUGUAGCAGUUGCCUGCACUGAAAACAGGCUGCUGUACAACAGGCAAAAGAUGAAUACCGACCGGAUGAAACGGUGCCUCAAGAGGUAUUCAUGGCCCUCUGUAAAGCCUCAGCAGGAGCAUUCUGACUAUCCACCCCCUCCUGAGCUAACAGUGUCAAUUUCUGGCCAAAAAGAAGAAAAAAAAGCGGGUCAGCCUUGUGAGCUGGACAUUGCUAAAGCAGGAGGUUGUGUAGACAUGUGGAAAAGUAUACCCUGUGAUUUGGCCAUGCCUUCUGAAGUGGAUGUGGAGCAGCUUGCUAAAGGGAGUCAGUUUGUAACAGCUGCUGACCCCCCGUUUCCAAUCUGGCCAGCCCAGGAGGUAGAAGACCCUUUCGGAUUUGGAUGGGAAGCUGGCUGUCAGGCCUGGGACACCAAGCCGAGCGUGAUGCAGUCGUUUAAUGAUCCGUUUCUCAGUGGUGAAAUACGGCCACGUAAAAAAGCCAGGCAGAAGGGCCAGAAGUCUCCCUGCCAGCCCUUGCCAGGUGACUAUUCAGCUGGUCUCAGGCUUGAGCCAGAGGCUGAUGCUGGGAGGGCAGUGAGUUGGGCCCAGGAAUCAGUGCAGAGCAAAGUCAAAGGUCCAGACAAGAUGUCAUUCAGCUCCAGUGGCCCAGCCAGUGUCAGUCAGCUCUCUUCAGGGAAAGCACCAGAACAGCCUAAGCCUGUGUGGGUCCAGGCUUCAGUAUUGGGGAAGGGAGAGAAACAUCCACCUCCCUACACCCAACUUCCCUCAAGCUCAGGAAAGAGUUCCUGGGAUAACAGUUUUCCCCCACAACAGGCAGGCAGGUCUCUUAAGCGUCCAUUUCCUGCUGCUGCCACUGCUGCUGCCGCUGCUCCUGCGCCUCCUUCUCCUCUUCCUCCUUCUGCUCCUCCUCCUCCUCCUCCUCCUUCUCCUCCUCCUCCUGCUCCUCCUCCUCCUCCUCCUCCUCCUCCCCCUCCUCCUCCUCCCGCUGGUCCCGCUGGUCCGGCUGGUCCCGCUGGUCCCGCUCCUCCCGCUCCUCCCGCUCCCCCUGCUCCUCCUUCUGCUACUGCUCCUCCUGCUUCUGCAGCACCAAGUAAUUCUCAGAAGUCCUCUGUGCAUAUGAUUCACGUUAUCAGGCCCCCUCCAACUGUACAGCCCCCAACCAGAUUUGCAAAAAUAGCCCCAGCCAUUCCAGUCAGGACAGGCUCCACUGGCCUAAAGGCCAUCAAUGUGGUGGGCCCAGUCCACGGAGCCCAGGCUUUGGGGAGCAGUUCCAAGCCUGUGCAGGACCCUGGCUCUGGUGGCCCGGCUCCUGCAAGAAACAGUGGGAGGGGCCGUCAGUCCUCAGGAGUUUCACUACCAGAUGCAAGGCCUGGUGCAGUACAGGCAUCUUCUCCAGCACCUGUUCAGUUUCUCCUAAAUACUCCUAAAGGUCUCAGGCCUGUGACUCACCUCCAGAUUCUGCAGGGCUCUGUGGUUCUGAGUGGCUCACAGGAUCAGCCUGGUCAGCUGCUUUUCCUGCAGCAGCCCAGAGCUGCUCACCCUCCUCAGCCAGGACCACGGGGUUCCACACAAGGUUUGGGCACUCAAGGGCAGGCCUUCCCUGCUCAGCAACUUCUUAACGUGAACCUCACUGGAGCCAGAAGUGGUCUGCAGCCCCAGCCCCAAGCAGCUGUGUCGGCUGUGCUUGACUCUGCCCGGGUUCCUCAGCAGAAGGCCCAGCUCCCCCCUGUCUUGAGGCAGCAGCUGAAGCCGCUGCAGCCACAGCCACAGCCACAGCCACCAAAGCCUCAACCGCAGCCACAGCCACAGCCACCAAAGCCUCAACCACAACCACAGCCGCAGCCGCAGACGCAGCAGUUGAGAGUCCUGCAGCAGCCACUGUUUUUGGCAACAGGUGCUAUUCCAGUAGUGCAGCCACAUCCAGGUAGGCAAGCAGGGAGCCAGUCUGUGGGUCAGAGGAAGGGAGGCAAGACAACCCCUCCAGCACCCUGAGGCUUGUGGUAGUUUAUCUCUCUUUUAAAAGCAGUGGAGCACUGACCCAAAUGAAUUCCCAGUUUUUACUUGAGUUUUGGUUUUUUCAUGUGUCAGUAUUUUACAUUUUAAGGUUCACACUUGACACAGAAGCACAGUCCACUGAUUUUGAUAUAGAAACAGGAAAGUGAUUUCCUAAAGGAGCAUUGUUUUGCUUAAGUUACUCCUUUGGUUGUUGUUGCUGCUGUUGAUAUAAUUAUUUUUAAUAUAGUGUUUUAAAGUGUCCAAUUCCCAACCGGGUUGAGUUUAAACUUGUGAAAUGUAUAAUUUCUCUACAGCCAUAAAAUGGCAAUGCCAACAAUGUUUAAGUUAGUAUUUUAACAAGAUUUUAAUUUUAAGUUACUAUUUUAACAAGAAGAGUGGGAUUUAAAUUUUUUUAAUGGGGGUAAAAACAUAGCAAUCUAAAAUGGCCCAAUUUGGCUAUUUUUAAGUGCAUGGUUCAGUAGUAUUAAAUACACCCCCAUUGUGUUGUGGAUCUCCAGACCUUCAUCUUGCAACACUGAAACUCAUGCCCAUUGAACACCAACCAACUCCCCGUUUUCCCUCACCCAGUCCCUGGCAGCCAUUGUUCUACUUUCUAUCUCUAUGAGUUCACUACCCUGGCCACUUCAUGCAAGUGGAAUCAUAUGGCAUUUGUCAUUUGGUGAGCGGCUUAUCUCACUUGGCAUAACGUCCUCAUGAUUUAUCCCGGCUGUCUCAUGUGACAUGAAGGUCAUUGCUUUUUAAAAAUGGUCUCACUAUAUAAUAUAUAUGAAAGUGACCUAUGAACUCUGAGAACCCUCUUUCAGAAGAAUUCCAUUCUAUUAAUAUUCUAUCAAUUCCAUCAGAUUAACAGUUUUAUGCACAAUAUAGGAAAUGAAAUUAUUACACAUUCAUUUCGAAAAAUGAAAUGAAAAGAAAGUACAAUACAGUGAUGCUUGUCACACUGCGAUUGAGUACAUUGGAGACCUCCAAAGCUGUGGAAUGGAAUUGGUGGCAGAUCUGCUUGUGUGACAGUCCCCUGCCCUUUCAAAGGCCCUGUCUGUGCCUAGUACCCCCCAGAGCCACGUUCUCUCACUGGCCUU